AUGAUCGAAUGUAAUGAAUUCGAUGUCAGCACCGAUUUUUACCUGAUUUUUAUGCACUGUAUAUCGGUCAUGGAUCUAUGUAUGAAUUUGCUGGCAAUAUAUUGUAUUCUCUUCAAAUCAACAAAACAGAUGAGUGCCUAUAAAUGGUACUUGUUUGCCAACCAAGUUGUAUCUGCCCUAUUCGACUUUGUUUAUACGGCUGUUACUCUACCAGUGAUCUUUUUCCCAGUACCCAUGGGUUAUCCUGCAGGAAUAUUUGCUCAAUGGUUUUCUAUUAGCUGCCAUGCUUCUAUAAUAAUGGUGGUUAUAAUAUGCUCGUGGCUUUCCGCUACCACGCUCAAUCUUUUCAACUAUCGCCGAAGUUUGGUUACUCCUGCUUACCGUUACUUGAGCUGCUUCGGUGACCAUGGUCACAUUUAUGCGAGCAUUGCUAUUGUGGCUAUCAAUUUUAUUCCAUGUACUAUCGGUGUACUCGAUAUACUCCCUAAUCAGGAAGAUGCUAGGAGAUGGGUCGAAGAGGAAUAUACAUGUGGCAAAUCAGUAUUUUUCCUUCCACUUGUCCAAAUAUUCACUCCAUGGAAAGUGAAGCAAAUCGCUAUAACGGCAGUUUCACUGGCCUGUUUUGCAUUCAUAGUAGCCUUAUGCUGUAUACUUUUGACUUUUUAUUAUGUGAGAAGAAAUAAAAGCUUAUCGCGAAAGACGAGGAUGAUGCAGAUGCGUUUUAUGAUCUAUCUUUGUAUACAGGUAAGCGAAUGGAAAAAAUGUUAG